GUUGGGUUCACUACUACCUGAAAGGGAAAGCUCCAAAUAAUUAGAGGGCGUGUGCUUAUCAAGUGGGACAACACAUUGCCCCUCUCACAACUCUCAACACCAUCAAGAAGUUAUCAACAGCUGGUAGUGUGCAGUUGUAUAUGACCCUCCGCGCAUCCUACUCGGAGCAACUGUACCUGGGACCGCAAACCGUUAAGGCUUUCAGGGCCUAUCUUUCAACAUUCGAAAUUUGAAAGCCCGGGCGUUGCCGCAAUGUAUGCGCUCACACUGACGGCGGAACUGGCGGGAGUGACAAACCUGCGGCCGAAGGACAACCAAGAAGCGCCGUUUCAUUAUACGUUCAAGGUACAAUGCACCUCAUGCAGGGAAACGCAUCCCAAUCCCGUUACCGUUACCCGCUUCGAAACCAAUGAAAUGAGCGGAAGUCGAGGCGAGGCAAACUUCGUAUGGAAGUGCAAGAACUGCAAGAGAGAGUCGUCCGCCUCUAUCAAGGCUGCCCCAACUCCGUACGAGCAGGCUGAGCCGCCGAAGGCUCAGAGAAUCCUUGAGUUUGACUGUAGGGGCUUGGAAUUCACAGAAUUCCUUCCCGAGGGGGAGUGGCUCGUGGACGGCGUCGAGUCGAACACCAAGUUUGAGGGCAUCGAACUAGCAGAGGGGGAAUGGUUUGACUACGACGAGAAGGCAGGAGAAGAAGUUAGCAUCAAGGAAGUAAAGUGGGAUAUCGUUCGCGCUUGAGGAUAC